UUCAGCAGUCUGUUUGGCAACUGUCUGGGAGUAGUUUUACUCGACUGGGUGGAAGUGUAGUUAUUUUCUGAAGGUCGAUAUGAAUCAAUUCCGAGACACACAGGAACUUAGAAGAAGAAGAGAUACGCGCGUACUACCAAGAUACAGAUACAAGUGCAGAGAUAGGAACAAGGACCUGCAUAACUAGUUGCGGUAUUUAAUUGCAGAAAUCGAUUCUUAAAAAAAAAGGACUUAAAAAAAAAAAGAGAAAUAUAUAAAUAAAUUAUAAGGUGGUGGAUGGAGCGUGAGCUGUUGGCUAGGGUAUACCACCAGAGAGUAGCACUGUUCCGGUUCAGGGAUCUGUUCCAUCUACGCGAUUCCCGGAUACCCCGAGUGCCUCGGUGGCUGUGGAUUCUAUUGUUGGUCGAGCUAUUGAGUGUCCUAGCUGGUGCAGCUGAUUCAGACUCAGAUACGGAAAUGGCGGCGGUGAACGACAGUGUCCGGUUUUCUAACUUACCGGAACGUUGCCAAUAUCUAGUGGCCGAAGUUCAGGUAUUUGAGCGCAAAUGCCGUGGCAGCUUUCCAUUGGUGGCCUUUACAAAGUAUCGGGACACAUUCAUUAAGGCUGGCGAACCGUUUGCCCUCUAUAUGCCGUCGACACUCGACCAUGUCCUUGUGCUGAUGAAGAAGUCCUCGCUACAGGAGUGCCGUCGCUUCGAGGUCGUGGACGUAGGCAAGUUCAUUUGCCUCGAUCACGAUCACAACGAGACGAUAGUCCUGGAUAAGACAAACAUCUAUUGCUUCCCCUUUCACAUCCAACUGCCGGAUGAUCUGAUGCAGGAUUGUGUCCGUGAGCAGAAAACCAGCCACAUCCACCUGGAGGAUGUCCUUCGGGCGAGGCGUGGCAUCAUCCACUAUACAUUCGGUGGCAGUGGAGCCGAUACCUGCCAGACAGUGCUGCCAUGGCUCAGUAUCAUGACCCUAAUUACAAUCGUUGCGUGGCAGCCCCAACUGCUGCUCCCAGUGCUCCAGUCCCUGCCAGUACUCCUGCUCCUGGUCCUGCUUCGGUUUCUCCUGCUAGCAAGUCGUUAGUUUUUAUGCCCAUCAUGUCUCAUAAAGAUCCAUCGAUUGGCUAGCCGGGGAAUAACAAGGAGAUUGCGGAGCGUGUAUCAGUGGCUGCCAAGGAAUCCUCAAAAGAGAGAUUAUGUAUCGGAAAAAAAUGAGAUACAACGAAAUAAUGAACACGGACAGAAGACCAAGAACUCGGCUGAUUUAUCACUGGCCUUGCUCUUGGUGGAUUAUCGUAUGCUCCUCACCAAGUCGAGUACUUAAAUUAAAUAGUAUUAACUUAU